UUCUGGCAGAAUCCAACAAAACUGAGCAUUUGAAAUUUAAAAAUCUCAUAAGAGGUACCUUCAGCACGUUGCAAAGCCUGCUCCAGAAUAGUGUCUAGUCCAAACAGAUUAGACUCCUUUGCCGCUCCAGCAAUCUGUCCUGCAGAAGUGAGCAGUGAUUGAGAUACUGUUGUAAUAGUUCCUGUGGGUGAUAUGAAUAUGCUGCUCAGCUGUGUGGAGCCAGUGGUUUUUGUUACCAAUGUAGCUAAUUCUCUCUUUGAUACGGCACUUCUGAUGGACGUGUACAAUCGGCUAAAUGGGACAACACCUGAGAACAGUGACAUGGCCCAGAAGGAGGUGGCUCAGUUCUACAUGAUUUAUGACAUGGUCUACUCUCUGGCCCCCAUGCUGACAACGGUGCUGCUGGGACGGUGGGCUGAUAGGCAAGGCCAGAAGGUGCUGCUGGUUGUGCCUUUACUGGGGUACCUGCUAGGAAGGAGCUUCCUGCUAUUCACCCAUGUCUUCCACUGGCCAAUCAGUGUGAUGUAUGGAUCAGCUGUGAUCAAUGGACUUACAGGAGGGUUCCCUGCUUACUGGAGUGGAAUUAAUGCAAUUGCUGCCUUGAAUUCAGGAGAGGCAAGACGCAGUCUGCGGCUAAAUAUGCUGGUGGUGACAGCGGGAGUGGCAGGACUGCUGGGCAGUGUGGUAUCUGGUCACUUCUUCCUGAUGAAAAUCAAUAACGAGCAUGGUCUCCUGCUAAUCUGCCUCUGUCUGUCCCUGUACUUCCUACUUCUAUUGUAUUCGGCAAUCUUCCUCAGAUACCCUGCUAUGCCUUCACCAGGACAGGUGCCUGUGGGGACAUGCAAUCCCUUGCAGAGAAAAUUCAGCAGAGAAAUUAUUCUUUUCUUUAUCUGCUACAUCCUGUACGAUUUUGGAAUGACUGGUGGUGAAAAUAUAAUCUCAAUCUAUGUUCUGAAGCCCCCACUGAACUGGGACCCAGUCUUCGUUGGUUAUGGCAAGGCAGCCACUUUUGCUAUGUUUCUGACCAGCUUCUUUGGCGUUUUGAUUUUCUCUGGGCAUCUGAGUGAUAGCUCUCUGAUAUUAAUGGGCAUCAUCUCCAACACAGCUGGGUUUAUCACCAUGGCCUUUGUGCGAAGCACCGCCUGGUACUUCAUUGCGCGGGCCAUGAUGCUGUUUUCCUGUAUUCCACUGCCAACAAUCCGGGCUCAGCUGUCCAAGUUAACCGACCGAGCUUCCUACGGUUCCAUCUUUGCCUGGCUUCAGACUGCCAUGACCCUGACGGAUGCACUAACUGCACUCACCUUCAACAGCCUUUACAUUGCUUUCCUGGAGUGGUAUAGUGGCUUCUCUCUGCUCCUGGCUGCUGCAGUCUGUUGGCUCAGCACUGUCCCAAUUGUGAUAUACAGCUACACUCUGAGAAAGAGAGAUGACAGCGAGGGCUCUCACACAAACUCCACUCAAACAAUGGCCGUCGAUAACUUCUCCGAUGAAUUCUCUACCGCCUCAUCCUCACAGUGAGAUGAUGGAUUGAAAACACCACUGGAUCUGUCAACCACCGUAUUAAAAUGUCUCAGUGGAUAAUGAGGCAUUCUGAAAUUGUUAAUAAAGUUUAAAGUUCUCUAUUACUGUGCUAUAGAAACAACUCUAGGCUUUAGGUGUGGAGCCCCCUCCUAACAAUUCUGUUGAUUACAGUAAUAAAUUGCAUUGGAAUACUGGACAGCAAUGGUAUACUGGAUCACCAGAUGACAGUAAUAAUCAGGAUUAUCAAAUCAUGGUAAUAUACUGGAUUAUCAGUGCAAAGGAUUACAUUUCAAUUACCACAUAGAUGAAUCUCAAGCGUGAGAUACUGCACUUUGGGAGAUGGAAUGAAAUGGGAAGAGGCAAGACCCUCAAUGUACAGAGGGAUGUUGGAGUCCAAAUCCAUAGCUCCCUGAAAGAGCCUACACAUGUUGAUAAGGUGGUAAAGAAUAGAGACACAAACUUCCUUUAUUAGUUGAGGCACUGAGUUCAAGAGUCACACUCACAGCACACUGGAGGAACUCAGCAGGUCGGGCAGCAUCAGUGGAAAAGAUCGGUCGACGUUCCGGGGUCCACUGAUGCUGCCCAACCUGCUGAGUUCCUCCAGCGUGCUGUGAGUGUUGCUUUGACCCCAGCAUCUGCAGAUUAUUUUGUGUUUACGAGUUCAAGAGUCAGUAAGUUAUGCUGCAGGCUUAUGAAACUCUGGUUAGUUCACAUCUGGAGUAUUGCUUUCAAUUCUGCUUGCUCAUGAUAAAAAAGAUGUGGAGGCUUUGGAAAGGGUGUAGAAAAGGUUUACUGGUAUGCUGCCUGGAUAAGAGAACAUGUUGGACAAAUAUGGGUUGCUUUCUCUGGAGCAGCGGAGGCUAAGGGGAAUUCUGACAGAAAUUUAUAAAAUUAUGAGAGGCAUGGAUAGAGCAGACAGAUGGUAUUUUUUCCCAGGACUGAAAUCUCUAAUACCAAAGGGUAUGUAUUUAAAGUGAGAAGGCAAAUGUGGGCUGUAUGUUUCUUUACACAGAGUGGUGGAUGCCUGGAAUUGGUUACUUAGGGUGAUAUGGAGGCUCAUGAAUUUGCAGAGAAUGGAGGGAUAUGGGCAUUGUGUAAUCAAAAGGGAUUGGUUUAGUUAGACAUUCGGUUAGUUUACCACAACAUCAUGGGCUGCAGGGACUGUUCCUAUGCCACAGUGUUUUACAUAGAACAUAGAACAUAGAGCAUAGAAUAGUACAGCACAGUACAGGCCCUUUGGCCCACAAUGUUGUGCCGACCCUCAAACCCGCCUCCCAUAUGACCCUCCACUGUAAAUUCCUCCAUAUACCUGUCUAGUAGUCUCUUAAACUUCACUAGUGUAUCUGCCUCCACCACUGACUCAGGCAGUGCAUUCCACGCACCAACCACUCUCUGAAUAAAAAACCUUCCUCAUUUUAUGUAUAUUGUUGAACAGUUGAGUACUAAGAUACCCUAAAAGAAUGGUAUCAUUAAAAGUGAACAUGUCAUGGAGUCAUAUAACACAGAAACAGAUCCUACUAAACUAGCUCACCUACACUAAUCCCAUUUCUCACCACUAUAAGCAAAUACUUCUUGGCCUUGCCUAAUUAGUUUUUGAGUGUCUCCUAAAUGUAUCUGAUUCCACCACGUCUUCUGACAGUGUGUACCACAUAUUGAUCACUCUCUAUGUAAAAGAUAUUUAUGCCUCAAAUCCCCUUUAAAAUUCCUUCUUCUUUCCUUAAACAUACAGUAUGUCCUUUUGUUUUGUGAUAUGCCUAUCACAAUAAAAAGGUUCUGACUAUCUACCUUAUUUAUCUCGUAACUUUCUACACCUCUAUCAGGUCAUCGCUCAGCCUCCCUCAUUCCAGGAGAAAAACACUCAGCCUAUCCAAUCUCGCCCAUCAACCUCAGUCCUCCAAAUCCAGUCAACUUCCCAGUGAAUCUCCUCUCCAUUCAUAUCCUGCCUAUAAUACAGUAAUGCCAGAACAACAUACAAAAUUCCCAGUGCUGUUAUAGAGUCAUAGAAAAGAACAGAACAAAAACAGGCCAUUCGGCCUUUCUAGUCUAUGCUGAACCAUUUAAACGGCCUAGUCGCAUCGACCUACACCUGGACCAUAACCUUCCAUAACCCUGCCAUCCAUGUACCUAUCCAAACUCCUCUUCAGAGUUGAAAUCGAGUGCCCAUACAUCACUUGCACCGGCAGCUCCUUCCACACUCUCACAGCUAAAGUCCACAUUGACAACCUCCACUACCUUGCCUUCAACAUUCCAGGUAACUUCCUCAAAAACCUCUAUGAGAUUGGUUACGAUGACCUGCCACACAUAAAGCCAUGCUGACUGUCCCUAAUCAGUCCCUGUCUAAACAAAUAUUUAUACAUCUGGUCCCUUAGAAUAUCUUACAAUUGCUUUCCCACUACUGAUGUCAGGCUCACCAGCCUGCAAUUUCCUGGUAUCUGUUUAGAGCCUUUCUUAACAGUGGAACAACGUUAGCUAUCCUCCAAUCCUCCGGUAGCUCACCUGUUGCUAAAGGAUGGUAUAAAUAUCCCUGCAACUUGUGCAUUUGCCACCCACAGGGUCAAGGGAAUACCUUGUCAGAUCCUGGGUGUUAUGUUUUGUAACUUCAAAACAUUAAACUAAUUCAAAUGAAGACACUGGAGUCACUUUCUUCGCCGUCUGUAAUGGUCCUACCCGUUAUUUCAUCCUCCGUCGGAUUCACGCCUGCAAUCGCCGUUUUUUUGACUUUGUCAUGUUAGGCAAAGAUUGCAAGAUCCUACAUCUACGGACUGCAGAGCCUGCCGGCCCCGACGCUAGCAGGCAUGAACUUUCAAUU